AUGCCGAUCUGUGGCUUGCUAUGUUCUCUUCGACUACGCAUCCUAUCCGUCUUGUCCUCCCUUCACUCCGUGCCCAAGUUCCUCCGCCUCCGAGUGAUCCCUAUCCUGGCCUUAACCUACCUACACUUCUUGCCCGUAGACAUCUCUCGCCCAGCCGGACGCCCAGACGCCAAGAAGCAUGAACCAUCACCCAAGCACUCACCACCUCCUCUUCCAACGGACAAACUCCCAUUGGCCCGUCGGUCUCAUUCUCCCCUCUACUCACCACCACCCCUGGUCACCGUCUCACCUCUCGCCGUCUUGGAACCCUUCCUCGCGAGGCGAGACCUCUUUCUCGGCCCCUCCCCUUUGCGCCCAUCACACUAUUCUCGCCGGCAGACUUGGCGAGAGCUCAGAGCUACGCGAGAAUGCAGUGCCAUCCCGGCUUCCGACCUGGAGGUUGUUGGUCCGGUUGAGGGGCGAUCCCUGACGACGCCUCCUGCUCGUCCACGCCUCAAGUGA